GCAUGCGCAGUUUCUCUCAAGUUUCGUAUUGACUGAGUCAGCUGCACAAGUUUUCCCAGUUUUCAAGUUUUUCAAUUGUACUUAGUCCGUCAGACAGAACUUGGAAGUAUUUGGGUGAUAUUUUAAGAGUAGGGGAGUGGAGCGUGAAACUGCUAUGGGUUUGUGAAACGUUACAGUGAUAUGAAAACGUAUCCGUCAUGGAAAAACGUAGUUUUGUCCAUAAUCACGAUUAUAUUAUGGACCAGGGUGGAUGGCGGACGAAGGUUAGGGCGGAAAACACAAUUUUCCUCCGCCCCUAGACAGGGUUUGUUAAGCCCCAAAUCGCUGCCCCUGAAAGGAGAUGGAGUACUUGGCAACGCAGGCCAGGAGAUACCCGGAGAGGAUGCAGAAUUUGUUGCAGGAUCUUUUAUUUUGACGCAACGAGCUCUUGAUGAAGCUCCAUACAGAUACAGCUCAUUCUUAACUCAGGCUCUGGAGGCUAUGGAGAUGAAAGAACCUCCGACGAAAUCUGACGAAGAGAAUUGUAAUGUUAGAUAUAGAAUAGAACCGUCAGGAAGGAGAAGCACAAUCAACAUCCUGGAUAAUAGUUUAGAAGUUAAACUACUGAGAAACAAUACUGUAACUAUAUCUGCUAGCUUAGAUGUUGCUGUCCCUGCUCGAACAUGGAUCUGGAAAGGAAUCAAUUUUGGUUUCCUGGGUUGCAUGAAGAUCUCCAGCUGUGGGGGUCAGAUCGUGACCUACGGGGCACAUAUAGCCAUGAAGGUCGCCUUCCAGGUUCUCUGGGACGAGGAGAAGAAGAAGAUCGGGGUGUUUAUUAAACCUGUAGAAACAAAUCUUUCAUCGGUCAACGUCGUGGGAUGCAAACCUCCCUGGUAUCUAUGGUGGUUUAAAGCGUGGCAAGAGAUGUUGAAUACAGGGGUACAGACGGCCUUUCAGGAUUUCGCUGACAGUUACUCCCACAGUCUCACCAUCCCCACCGAGAUGACAGUUCACAAGAACAUGUUCAUUUCGUACAAGGUGACCAACUUGAUCUGGUCCGAGGACUUCGUGGCAUUCGAGGCCACCUCCACCUUCAAGGCGCUGGUUGGGAGCAAGAAUAUCACAUUUAUUCCGGAGCAUCAGAACCAAACCUAUAAUGGUCGGAGUUCUAUACCUAUAGGACAAUGGCCCCAGAGCUCUAUGUCGGAUCAUCAAUCCCAUCUUCUGCAAGGGGUCAGGCUCUCCGGGUACUUCCUAAACUCCAUCAUGUGGUACGCCAGUAUAACCAACGUCACGGAGUACAAUGGAAACACAACCGUCCUGGAUUCCAUGAUCAACGGAACUAUCAGCUAUACCCCUCCCAUUCUACGUGUGGGUGAGGCGGGGGUUCUUAAUAUAACAAUCCCCCAGGGUAAACUCCUGGCUGUGUGUAGACCAGUAUCUGAGCUGAAUGCGACUACUGUAGUUCUAUUUAAAGCGGAGUUCACUGAUUUAGCGGGAAGUGGGAGUGUAAAACUUGCGGCGGGAAACAAGACAGGAAUUAUAAUUGAGAUUCAACAACUCGAUCUCUCCAAUAUGAAAACCAAACCAUUUGAACCAAAAUUGCCUCUCCCGGAUACAUUUGAGAGUGAGCUCAUGAAGACGGGAAUAGCCCAAUUGAGACCUAUUAUUAACCAGUAUCUUCAAGAUAAACCGAUAUAUCUCCCGGCACAGAUAUCCCCUCUUGUAGCCUACCCAGAGGUGUUUUUAAACCAAACCUCAGGAGGACUAGGAUACGCUCAGAUCCUAUCCUAUUGUACCUGUUCAGAUUUCCAAGCUCCGGGUGCAUUCUCCAAGUGUGAUGAAAGAUCCGGAUUAUGCAAACCUAAAGUAUAUAACCGGAGGAAAAGAGACUCAAUCCAGCCCGGCGGGGUUUCAAACCAAAAUUUAAACUUCAAAGACGGAACUUCAAUAUUGAACUCAACAGAUACAAGCGAGAAGCUUCCAGAGUUUGCAACUUUUCUUAAUAAAAGCUCAACAUUUCAUAAAGUAAUAGAUGUUGCAAACAACUUCAUUGAGAACCAUUUUUUUGCCAACAAAACUAAGGAGGAGGAGCAGGCAGGGAUGAUAAUAUCAAGAAACAAUCCGGUUCUGAUCGAUACAAAACCUGUUUACUUUGUUCAGUAUGAAACUAGUUUUAACUGCUCAAUGCAUAGACCGGGAGACAAUGCCAAAACCUACAAACUUACUCCGAAACCUUACUGUUCUCCUAUAACAGUUGGACAUACCGACUCGGAGUCUAAUCAAUUCUAUGUGUUUAAACCUGAUGGUUCAAGGGUUCUCUUCGGAUGUUUUGACAAGUUCUGUAAGACAUGUACAUUUGACGUGGACAUCAGGAUAAAGGACGCCUGCAUAUCCUUGCCGAACCAUGGACAAUCCUUUAUAGUCUCGGAUAACCCAGCAAGCGUUCAAAACUCGUUCUCGGAAAAUAACGGAACUGCUUCGGUCACCAUUUUCUUUGACGUGGAGAAACCCUGCGAGUUUGAAGGUGUCACUAUGGAGAAGGAAACGUCUGAGGCGAGGAUGGUUUCCUCCACGUUUGAGCUCGGGUUUGAGAACAGAGGGUGUAUCGGAAUGGCAUCCGGUGGUAAUCUGCUACUGGAGAGACUAGGAUCCAACAGCUCUGUAAGUCGGGUUAAACUAGAAUGUAACGCGGACUGUAAUUAUUGUGGUUUAGAUAUUCUAGGAAUACAAUUCGGAGAGUGUCAAAUAUUUCGUAAAUCCAGCAGGGUUCUCCUCACCAAGUCGGAGAUCCUGAUUCCCAGCUAUAUCCUGGAGAAGCAGGAGGAAGAGGAGAUGGUUUUCACCGUGGUUUUAGCAGCUAGUCUCUCCCUAGCUUUAGUAUUCACUAUCCUGGGAGUAGUGGCAACAAUCUGGUGUUGUAAGACCAGUAAAAGCGGAGAAAUGAGGAUAAACAAAUAUAAAACUAAGAUAAAGGAUAAUAUUCUCAGGUUCUCUGGUUGGUGGAGAAAAACUGUCCUUUCAUUCUGCAGUCAGCAUAUUGGAGUAAGGUUUCUAGAGUGGAGAGAUGAGGAGAGAAAGAAUAUAUUUGAAGAUAUGGUUCAAAAUGCUCUUCUGCUUAUUAAUGGUACUUGUGCAGUGAUGUUUGCUUUCGAAUGGAACUCUCCAAAUAAUCCUUUAUUUCUGUUCACAACAAAAUUGAGUUCUAAUGUUGGGAUUGGAUCCCAGGUUCUGGAAAUGUCGGAUGUUCUCCACUUUGCAACUCGUCUCAACUUCUGGACCUAUGUGUGCAACAUGGUAAACGGAGCCAUUGCUUUCUUUAUCAUUGUCGUCUGGUGUAUAACAAAAUGUGGAACAAGAGAAAGAUGGACGAAGAUUCGCCUCCUCUCCUCAACAAUGAUGCUAACAAGCAUCCUUCUAACCAUUGCUUGUCUCAUCUUCACAACCUACUUUGAUGACCUCGUGACGCUGAAGUCCAACAGUGGAUACUUCAUCACGGACAACAUCAAGAUGAGGAAGAUCACCCAGGCUAUAAUUCAGGUCACGCUCAACGGUCUCUCCCUGACCGUUAUCAGUUUCACCAUCGUGUUCCUCUUCCACGGGGUUGGCGGAGGGUUGUUCUCCGGGACCGUUCUCUUUAGAAUCCUUCAUUUAUAUUCUAAGAAGGAGAAUCUUGAGAUUCUUACAACUCUCCUGGUUAUUCUUACAAUAAUCCAACCAUUUAUCUGCCUCCACCCAGUCAUAAUCUGGUCCCAAGACUCAAAUCAUAACGCCAAGUAUCUUAUUCUAACAAUCUUUGUUUGGUUUCUCCCCCUUGGAGUUCAUCUUUUUAUCAAAGCUAUACUAAAUCAGAUAAAUAAUCGGUACAUACAAAGAUCUCCUAGUCCCACCCAACACAGCCCGGCUGAGUUGACACCUUUAAAUGUGAGACCACCAGGGAAGAAAGCUGAACUUAAGUCAAGUAAAUCAGUUCCAGCUAAUAGAAAAGAAGGAACUGUCUCUACGACCAACAGCAAGGUUUCUAGUAAGGUUAUAACUGCUGUUGAUGUUGGGAUGCAGAUAACACAACUUCUUCUUUUCCUCUCCGCUUUCUCCUUUAUCACCCAUUACAUCAUCAACACGGAGCUAGACUCACAAAAAUCCAACCUGAAAAGUUUCGUCCUCCCUGCUAUUAUAUCAGUGUUCUUCUGGAUGAUGAGUAUCUCCUACUACCUACUGGACCUCACCAUGAACGCCACCAAGGACUCCACCCCCUUGGUGUUCAAGGAUAAGGUAUCGAGAGCUAGAGAAGAAUUGCACUCCUCCCUGAAACGUCGACUGGCAGGGAUGGAUAAGCGUAAUACGGUCGGAGUAACGGCCCGUGUAGUAACCAGACCUAAAGUCCCUCCUCCACCUCCUCCUCCGAAACCGGAGUUUAAACGAACCCAGUGGAAAUCUAAAAGUCUACCCCCAGUGAAAAUGAAAUCCAGAGAAACCAAUAAUUCUGAAGAAAAAGUUAUAAAAAUAAAAGAGUUCAAUGACACCAACAUUGACGUGGAUAGAACGGAAAGCACUAAAUGUGUUCUGUCCGCGGAGAAAAUGUUGGAACCUAUGGAAAUCCAAGAAGCGGAUUAUCAAGUAGAGAAUCCUAAUCGUUGUUCCAAGAUCCUUAACUAUAUAUUAGAACGACAGGAAUAUGCAUUUCCCGAAACCCAUGGUUGGAGAAUAAAAUUUCGAAGAAUAUUCCUUCAUCUGGGAGUACUGGGGUUCAGCUAUACAACCUUUCAGACGGUAGCAUCCACAGAGAACUAUUCUUCAAAGCAAGAGAUUCAGAAGAUAUUAGAUUUUGUUGGAACCAACCUAACCUGGCCUGACGAAGGUAGUGCACUAGACGAUGUUUUCAAGCUCUACAAUCAAACCCAACAAAGGAAGAGCUAUGUCAUGAUCGCUGCCUCCUUCCUAUUCUGGAGUAGUUUAGUCCUGGAUACGAUCAGCUACUGGACCUCGAAGAAGAACCUGAAGGAUAUCUGUGUAGUGUCUAGCAGGGUUGUUAACUUCCUGGGCUCCUUACUGGUGUUUGCCUCUGUUAUCCUAGUAGGUUUACCAGACUACCUGGAGGCAAGCCAUCUUGAUGAGAUCUGUCCCUACUGUGGGAAGGAUUUUAACAGAACAGUCAAAUAUGUUGCGGAGUUUUCUAUCGGACUCUUCUUCGCCUGUCUCUUUACUUUUCAACUCCUUCCUGUUUUAAUGACGAUUGCUCCGGCAUUGGUGAGAGCAUCCGUCCUGAUUCUAAUCCAUCCUGGACUCAGGGGUCAGGAUAAGACGACCGUUCUCAGGAUGUCGAUUUUACAGAAAGUAAUUGUUGUCUCUUCAUUAUUAAGCUUUCCAAUUACAUUUGUGAGUAUGUGUAUUGUGAACCAGCACCAACAAGAUAUUGUAGUUACAGUUCUCAUCAUCUUAUACUGGACCCUGCCUCCUCUCACCCUGUACAUAGGUUUACAUUACUCCAGGACCUACCAAAAGUACAGUAUUCUUCUCUUCGUCUACUACAUGUACAACUGUGUGUAUGUCGGCCUGGUGAUGGCGCUCCUCCUCUACUCCUUCCAGUUAGAUCAGUUCCUGGAGAUUCUCCGGAACCUGAUCCAGUCCCCGACCGUCUGGUUCGGAACCAUGGCGCAGGUUUUCCUUUGCAACGUCGUCAUCUCCGAUCUACUCUACAUGACGGUAUUCUAAGUCUUACAAAUGAAACUUUUCGAUCUGAAAACAAUUUCUGAACUUGGUGUAAGAAUGUACAGUGUACACAGAGAUAUUUAUUACUUAUUAUGAAUGGGCAACGUUUUGAGGUCUUUUAAUAAGUUCGCUUUUUCGAAACGAUUUUACUAAUCGUUAUAAAAAAAUCUUUCGAUUAAUAUUUUUGCAUAACAUAACUUGUCUAGCAUGCAAUUUUGAAAAAGGAUUUACAUCUCAGAUUCUUGUAGACCCCUCUUAAAAGUCUAUAAACUUUCAUACUUAAAAAAGGACCUCGAAAUGAUGCCCGCCAUUAUUUCUUAGAAAAUCUAAGUUUUAGUCUUAGUUGUAGCGUUCUAUGUGAUAAAAGAGGAGACAAAAUCUGAAAAUUAUAUUAGUGCUAAAUUCUUUCAAACUUGUGAUAACAUUUUCUAGUGCUUAGUAAAUUCGGAAUAAUUGAUUUGACAUUAUUGAGCAAUAAUUAGACUCAAUCACACCGUACAGGGUGUCUCAAGAAACAGGAUAUUGAACUACAGAUUUUGGGGAUUCAGAAGGUCUUUUGAAAUCCCAUAUGCCAGCUUAAUCCUGAAGGUUAAAUAAAUAAGAUUUCCUGAAUAUUGGUACUACCUGUAGACCUAGUAAAAUGAAUAAAAUUCCAUGUUUAUUUGGACACACUAUAGACCUGGUAAAAUGAAUAUAAUUCAAUGUUUAUUUUGACACCCUGUAUGCCUAGUAAAAUGAAAAUAAUUCCAUGUUUAUUGGGUCACCCUUUAUAAGACCUGGUAAAAUGAAUAUAAUUCCAUGUUUAUAUUGACACCCUGUAGACCUGCUAAAAUGAAUAUAUUUCCAUGUUUAUUUUGACACUCUGUAGACCUGGUAAAAUGAAUAUUAAUGAGAUCUAAUUAGUUUAAACCAGGCACGAGGAUAAAUUUGAAUAAGUUGAGCGCUGUAUUUAACUCAAUCUAGUUCAUCAUGUUUAGAAUAUAUAGAGAUAAACCUCAGGAACCAAGUGAUUACUCGCGUCAAACUCUGAUUAUUUAGUUCCUAUAUUUUUCCAACAUGAUGGUGUUAACAAUAGGCUAAUAUUCAUGUUUUAAAGUCUACAGGGUCUUUUGCAAAGAUGUAAACAUUAGAAAAUAAGAUUUUGAGACGAGUAAUCAGUUCAUUUGGGGUACGUAUGUUUUUUACUUAUCACACAAUUUACUGAUUUUUAGAUAAAAAACUGCGAAAAAUUUCAUUGUUUCUUAAACCGUAAUUUAUACCUUUUAUUGUGUUAUUAUUUCGCUUUUCAUAACAUUUUCCAGAUCUAUUUUUUGUUCCUUAUUCUAGAAGUCUCUGUGAUAGUGAAAAAAUGUAAAAAAAAA